UUCCACUCGCGCGGCAGCGUCCUGUCCGUCCGCCCCGUCCCGUCAGUCCCGACCUGUUCCACCCCGGCCGCAGGACUCAGCGCUGCCGUUGCCAACACCGCCGCCAGGCAUGACGGAUGGUCCUCGUUCAGACGUGGGCCGCUGGGGCGGGAACGCUUGGCAGCCCCCCACCACGCCUUCUCCGGAGCCGGAGCCAGAGCCAGAACCAGACAGUCGUUCUCGCCGAGGAGGCCGUUCCUUUUGGGCUCGCUGCUGUGGCUGCUGCUCCUGCCGGAAUGAUGACGACUGGGGGCGUGAGCCCUAUAGAGACCGAGGGUCUGGCUCCAGAGGUCGAGGAUCCCGUUCUGGAGGUCGAAGACCUGACUCCCGGGGCUCUGACUCCCGCCAGCCUGGCUCCCGGGGCAGCGGUGUGAACGCAGCUGGCGAUGGCACCAUCCGAGAGGGCAUGCUGGUGGUGACCGGCGUGGAUCUGCUGAGUUCACGCUCGGACCAGAACCGCCGAGAGCACCACACGGAUGAGUUCGAGUAUGAUGAGCUGAUUGUGCGCCGCGGGCAGCCCUUCCACAUGGUCCUCCUCCUGUCUCGUCCCUAUGAGUCCUCCGAUCAUAUCGCCCUGGAGCUGCUCAUCGGAAACAACCCCGAGGUGGGCAAGGGCACCCACGUGAUCAUCCCAGUGGGCAAGGGGGGCAGUGGCGGCUGGAAGGCCCAGGUGACCAAGGCCAAUGGGCAGAAUCUGAACCUACGGGUCCACACUUCCCCCAACGCCAUCAUCGGCAAGUUUCAAUUCACGGUCCGCACGCGCACAGAGGCUGGGGAGUUCCAGUUGCCCUUUGACCCCCACAACGAGAUCUACAUCCUCUUCAAUCCCUGGUGCCCAGAGGACAUCGUGUACGUGGACCAUGAGGACUGGCGGCAGGAAUACGUGCUUAAUGAGUCUGGGAGAAUUUACUAUGGGACCGAAGCACAGAUUGGCGAGAGGACCUGGAACUACGGCCAGUUUGACCACGGGGUGCUGGAUGCCUGCCUGUACAUCCUGGACCGGCGGGGCAUGCCCUAUGGAGGCCGUGGGGACCCGGUCAAUGUCUCCCGGGUCAUCUCUGCCAUGGUGAACUCCUUGGAUGACAAUGGGGUCCUGAUUGGGAACUGGUCUGGCGAUUACUCCCGAGGCACCAACCCAUCAGCAUGGGUGGGCAGCGUGGAGAUCCUACUCAGCUACCUCCGCACUGGCUAUUCUGUCCCCUAUGGCCAGUGCUGGGUCUUCGCCGGUGUGACCACCACAGUGCUGCGCUGCCUGGGCCUGGCCACCCGGACCGUCACCAACUUCAACUCAGCGCACGACACAGACACGUCCCUCACCAUGGACAUCUACUUUGACGAGAACAUGAAGCCGCUCGAGCACCUGAACCAUGAUUCCGUCUGGAACUUCCACGUGUGGAACGACUGUUGGAUGAAGAGGCCGGACCUGCCCUCAGGCUUCGAUGGGUGGCAGGUUGUGGAUGCCACACCCCAGGAGACCAGCAGUGGCAUCUUCUGCUGUGGCCCCUGCUCCGUGGAGUCCAUCAAGAACGGCCUGGUGUACAUGAAGUACGACACGCCCUUCAUUUUUGCUGAGGUGAACAGUGACAAGGUUUACUGGCAGCGGCAGGACGAUGGCAGCUUCAAGAUUGUGUACGUGGAGGAGAAGGCCAUUGGCACACUCAUCAUCACGAAAGCCAUUGGCUCCAGCAUGCGGGAGGACGUCACCCACAUCUAUAAGCACCCAGAAGGCUCAGAAGCAGAGCGGAAGGCAGUGGAGACAGCAGCAGCCCACGGCAGCAAACCCAACGUCUAUGCCAACCGGGACACAGCUGAGGACGUGGCCAUGCAGGUGGAGGCACAGGACGCAGUGAUGGGGCAGGACCUGACCGUCUCCGUGGUGCUGACCAAUCGCGGCAGCAGCCGCCGCACCGUGAAGCUGCACCUCUACCUCUCAGUUACCUUCUACACUGGUGUCACCGGGUCCGUGUUCAAGGAGAGCAAGAAGGAAGUGGUGCUGCAGCCAGGGGCCUCGGACCGUGUGGCCAUGCCUGUGGCCUACACAGAAUAUAAACCCCACCUCGUGGACCAGGGGGCCAUGCUGCUCAACGUCUCUGGCCACGUCAAGGAGAGUGGGCAGGUGCUGGCCAAGCAGCAUACCUUCCGUCUGCGCACCCCAGACCUCUCCCUCUCACUGCUGGGAGCAGCCGUGGUUGGCCAGGAGUGCGAAGUGCAGAUUGUCUUCAAGAACCCCCUGCCUGUCACCCUCACCAACGUCGUCUUCCGGCUUGAGGGCUCUGGGCUACAGAGACCCAAGAUCCUCAACGUGGGGGACAUUGGGGGCAAUGAGACUGUGACGCUGCGCCAGACGUUCGUGCCUGUGCGACCAGGUCCCCGCCAGCUCAUCGCCAGCUUGGACAGUCCACAGCUCUCCCAGGUGCAUGGUGUCAUCCAGGUGGACGUUGCCCCAGCCCCCGGGGGCGGGAGCUUCUUCUCAGAUGCUAGAGGCAACAGUCGCUCAGGAGAGACCAUCCCGAUGGCUUCUCGAGGUGGGGCUUAGCCCUGGGCCAGGAGCAGUGGGACUGGAGUCGGAUGAGCAAGGACACUGCCUCAAGACAGGGGCCCCACACAGAGCGGCUCCCCAGGGGCUCGGGUGGAGAGGCCUGGGCCCCUGGGGAGGGAGCCCAUCUUCACUUGCACUGGGUGGCACAGAUGCUAGUAAUCUGUUUUUUAAUGAAGCUGCUGUUCUCUCUAUUGAUCAGUCCAUGCCAGCCCGACGAGUGUGGACCCAUGGUCUGUCCCAGGGAUGCGUGGGCAUUUCUGGCUGCCCUGUUCAGAGAAGCAUGGCUGGCAGGGCAGCAAGGGUGCCAGCUCAGCAGCUCUUGAGACAGGGCCUGCUUAGCAUGAGGACAGCCUCCAGUGCUUGCCUGACCAGUCUCCUCCCACCCUAGGGGGCUUCUGCUGACCAAAGCCCUUUUGAAACCCCCUGGGUUGGGGUGGGACUGCCCCCCUUCCACGGUACCCACUGUGGGAAAGAAGGACCUAAAUUCCUUUUGUAGGCACAUGUUUGAGAUAGAAAUAGGCUGGAGGACUUGCUGAGCAGCAAAGGCCACUUUCCAAUAUUUGUUUUCAAAUAUCCUUGUCUAAGAAUUUUUACAAAAGUAACACAUGUUCAAUGUUGAAUAGUAAGAAAAUAGAGAAAAUUGUAAAGAAGAAAAUAGCAAUGAGCCUCACCCACCACUAUGUACAGAAAAUAACCAUUAACAUUGUGUUCAGAUGCUGCUUUCCCCCCCACGUAACCUUGGUGAGCAUUUCCCCAUGACAUUAAAUAUUCUUUGAAAACAUCA